AUGAGUAACCAGACUCUGGUGACAGAAUUUGUCCUGCAGGGUUUCUCAGAGCACCCAGAAUACAGUGUGCUUUUCUUCAGCUGUUUCCUCUCCCUCUACUUUGUGGCACUUGCAGGAAAUAUUCUUAUCAUUUUGGCUAUCGCCUUCAACCCUGGGCUCCAUACCCCCAUGUACUUUUUCCUCUUCAACUUGGCAACUAUGGACAUUAUCUGCACAUCUUCCGUCAUACCCAAGGCACUGGAGGGUCUAGUAUUAGAGGAGAACUCCAUCUCCUAUGGGGGCUGCAUGGCCCAGCUUUACUUCCUCACCUGGGCUGCAUCUUCUGAGCUGCUCCUCCUCACGGUCAUGGCCUAUGACCGGUAUGCAGCCAUCUGCCACCCACUGCACUAUAGCACCAUGAUGAGCAAGGCAUUCUGUGGCACGCUGGCCGCAAGUGUUUUCCUUCUGAUAUUCUUGUGCUGUUCCUUGUCCUUCAUCUUCUUCACUGGCAUGAUACUCAGAGUUUCCCAGUUAUCAUUCUGUGGCCCCAACAUCAUCUCUCAUUUCUUCUGUGACCUUGGCUCCUUAAUUCAUCUCUCCUGCUCUGACACGAGAUCUGUUGAGAUACAUUUCUUCUUUGUUACUUCAUUUGUCAUUCUACUACCCCUCAUCAUAACCAUUAUUGCAUACAGCAAUAUCGUAGUCACAAUCCUGCGACUGCCAUCAGCCAAGGAGCGACAGAAAGCUUUCUCCACCUGCUCCUCUCACCUCAUUGUCCUCUCUCUGAUGUACGGCAGCUGUGUGUUUAUUUACUUGAAACCAAAGCAGGUGAGCAGGCUGGACUCCAACAGGGAGGCUGCCCUUGUGAACACAGUGGUGACCCCACUGCUGAACCCUGUCAUUUAUACUCUACGGAACAAGCAGGUCCACCAGGCUCUGAGGGACACACUGUCUAGGGUGAGGUUGAAGAAAUAG